AUGAGCGGAAUUGAGGUAGCUGGUCUUGUUUUGGGCUGUUUGCCGUUGAUUAUCCAAGGCAUAGAGACCUAUAGAGAAGGACUCGAUCCGAUCAAAGGCUUCUUCGGAAGGAACAAAGAGCUCCCGGUUUUUAUUAGAGAUCUCCGAGCCCAAUAUGUGCACUACGACCAGAACAUCCAAAUGCUCUUUGGUUCCAUCACGUCCGAGGCCGAAUUUGCAAUGAUGAUGGCCGAUCCUGGCCUGUCGCAAGAGCUGUGGAAGAGUAAAGAGGCAGCGCUCCAGGACAAGCUCCGGAUUUCAUACAAGACUUACCAAGAUACCAUGGCGGAUAUUGAAAAGAUAACGAAGCAAAUCGCAAGUAGGCUAGAAUUUGGGGCACCAGCUGAGACACGAAUUGAUCUCGACGCGUUUCUCGCCACAAAUUCCAAGAAGCUCAACGAUGCUUUCGAAUUCAGAAAGCGCGUUCGCUUCGGCAUGAGCAAGAAGACAAUAAAAGCACUUUUGGAAGAGCUAGAUAAAUGCAAUAAGCAACUCGAAAGGCUUACCAAAAAUAGCGAAAAGAUCGAGACAUAUCACAAAGCGACAAAGCCUUCGUAUGCCAUGCGACUUCGAAAGCUGCAGCGAUACGCCAAGACACUGCACGAUUCGUUAACUCUCGAGCCCCGAGGAAGUGUCUUCGCUGCAAGAACACAGAAGAGAAGACCAUCUUUAAAGAUCAGCUUCAACGUUUCUUUUUCUACAAUUGAUCCCGAGGGCAGCGGUGUACCGUGGCAAUUUCAGGCAGCCGAGAUCUGCGUGGAGGACGAGGAGGAUAUGUGUCUUACGCCCAUGGCAUCCCCACGACUAAGCCUGACCAAGAGCGUCAGCUUUGGUUCGCUUCCUCCCUACGCGGUUCAUGACCCUGCAAAUAAGGCUCUACCUUCACAUGAAGAAGUCAAGGACCUUUGUGCAUCUAUUCAGCAACUGCGCGACCGUGCAUCCACUAUCGGCUUCUCUCUAGACAACAAAAACAAAUUACGAAGCGCAUAUUUGAUCGACAGCACAGAAGCAUACAUUCCUACCUCGGAAUCGGUAUCGCUAGAAAGUCUUCUAGAACAUCCGCCGCUUGUCAAUGGGAGAAGAUGCAAAUUAAGUAUGAAGGAAAGAUAUAGUCUGGCCCUAACGCUAGCAUCGAGUGUUCUCUAUCUGAAUUCAACGCCAUGGCUCGCUAGCGAAUGGACUGCACGGGACAUUCUUUUCCACCGAACUUCGAACACGUUGCGGCCAGUUGAUAUCGAGCGUCCAUAUCUCUGCCCAAUGAUGGAUGAGUGCUCAAAGGGUGCACCUAAUAGUCCGAAUGCAGGAGCUUCCAUCAACAAAGUUCUAAGUGCACUAGCUAUAUCACUCCUUGAGCUGUAUUUUGGAACGACUGCCGAGAAGUACCGGAUGCUGGAGAUUGAGGGUGAUGUAGCCGACCCUUGUACCGAUCAGGACCCCCUGAAGCUCUGUGUUCUGGCGUAUACCUGGAUGUACAAUGAGUCAGGCAACCUUUCUGCAGCUUUCCGCAAUGCUGUCAGACAUUGUAUUCAUGGUUUUAGCGAGCAUGAUGCAAAUCUACAGGACGUGGACUUUCUUCAAGCGGCAGUGGAGAAUAUCGUAUUGCCACUGCAAGAGGAAUUCCAUCAUUUCCUAGGCAGGACAACAACCUGA